AUGUUCAAUCUCAUCGGCAGAAACUUGUCAUUUUCUGUGUCCAAAAUAACAUCGUUUCAUAGACUGUUUCCUCGCUUGUCAUCUUCGUCACCAGCAGCAGCAUCAGAUAACUCAUUCGCAGUUUCUUACCUCAUAGACUCAUGCGGAUUCCCUCCAGACAAGGCGAUUUCAGCUUCCAAAUAUUUGAAGUUCAAAACGCCAGAUCGAGCAGACUCCGUGAUAGCAUUUUUCAAGGAUCAGGGGUUCACAGAAACGCAGAUUUCUUACAUGGUUCGAAAGUUCCCCCUGGCUCUCGCAUGUCAUCCCGAGAAAAACCUUUUGCCCAAAUUUGAGUUCUUAAAUUCUAUAGGACUUUCGGAUUCUGAUAUUAUUAAGUUAUUUACUGCAAGACCCAGCUUCCUAAGUAGAAGCUUGAAGCAUCAUGUAGAACCUACCGUUAGUUUCCUUAGAAAUUUGUUUCGGUCCAACGAUAGAUUACUCAUUGCAAUCAGGAGGUGUGCCCUGAUCUGGAAUUCGAAUUUCAAAGCAGAUGUGAUUCCAAACAUGCAAAUACUGUGCGAUGUUGGUGUGCCCAGAUUGCAGAUGUUGAAUCUAUUAACUUAUUAUCCUAGAGAUUUUUUAGUUACUACAGACCAUUUCAAAAAGGCUGUGGAUGAUGUUGUGGAGAUGGGGUUCGAUCCUUUGAUCUCAAGUUUUAUGGUAGCAGUUCAUGCAGUUAGGUCAAUGAGCAAGUCCACUUGGGAGAAGAAGAUGGAGACUUAUGAGAAUUGGGGUUUGUCUAAAACCGAGAUCUUACUAGCCUUUAGGAUUAAUCCAUGGUGUAUGAAAGCAUCCAAGGAGAAAAUUGAUAAAGUGAUGGACUUUGUUGUUAAUGAGAUGGGGUUUGAGACAACUGUUAUUGUAAAGAAUCCUGGUAUCAUUUCAAUGAGUUUGGAGAAGAGGGUUAUUCCAAGAUGUUUGGUUUACAAAUAUUGUUUGGACAAUGGAUUGAUGAAAGAUAAAAAUUGUUGUGGUUUCGGUUGGUGGUUGCAAUGUUCGGAGGAAAAAUUCAUCAAGAGAUUGGAAAGAUAUGAGAAAGAAGCUCCAGGUGUUUUGAAAUUCUAUCUGGAAAAGUUGGGUCAUGUGGAUAGAAGAUGA